AUGUCAGAACAAGAGCUACAUCUCAUCAAUCAUGAUAAAAGCAAACCAAUCAAGGAAUUGUAUAAGGAAAAUACAGAGUACAAAUCAAUAUAUGAUACAGAAAGUCCCUCAAAGAUGACUCCUUAAGUACAAGUUAAAAGAGAAAUUCCAGUUGCCAAGAAAGUUUACUACAUCGAAUCAAUUUUUUCAGCAAUGCUAUGGGGUAUAGCUAAUUUUUUCUAUAGUCUCCUUGAUGAUACUGAUUUUGCGACAUCAUGCUUGACCUUCCCAGGUUUUCUCUUUAUUUGCCUGGGUUAUAAAAUACUCCAGAUAAAGGAGUAAUAAUCAAUAACAAAGAAAGUAAUUUACGAUUCGUUCUUUGGUAAAUACUAUGAUGAUUCAGGCACCAAACUGAACCUUUUAAAUAUAUUUCACAUGAUGCUGAGAUCUGCAAUGUUUUUCGGACUCUCUUGGCUAGUCAUUCUAGCAUCAGGUUAUGCUUCACAAGCUUAGAUCAAUUUCGGUAUCAUUACUAGCUGCAUUAGUUUUAGCAUAGUCUUAAGCGCCAUUUUCAGCUACAUUUUUUAUAAUGAAGCUCUGAACAAAAUUCAGAUUGUUGGCAUCGCCAUUAUUAUCUUAGGUAUUGUAGGUAUAUCAUUCGCCAAAGGAAAUAAAAGUUUAGGAGAAGUUGAUAAUGGAUUUACAGAAGAUGAGAAAAGUUAUUACAAAAUAGUCUCGAUUUUGCUUGCUUUAUUUUGUGGAGUGGUCAAUUUCCUUAGAACUUUUCAAGCCAAAUACAUCUACAGAAAAACUGGCUAUUAGCCAGUCGACUUAUCAGUUGAUUGUGGUCUCUUUUUAGGUUUAUUUACUAUGGUAUGCAGUAUCUAUUAUUGGGCCACAGGUUGCAAUACUUAUACUUGGUACAAUUUUGGUAUCAAUACGAUUGGAAGCAUUAUAAUGAUGAUUUUCAGCAUCAUUGCAUUGAAAUGCAUUGUUAAAGGCUUAGCAGGUCCAACGGGUGCUAUUAUGUAUACAUGCCCUAUCUAUACUUCCAUAUUGACAGCAAUUUUCCUUAAAUAGAUCCCAUCACUUUAUCAAAUAAUGGCAAGUAUUCUAGCUAUUUCAGGUGUUGGAGUAAUUCUUUUAGGCAACAAGAAUUGA